UCAGAAUAAUGUACGAAGUGUCAUCACACUAAUAAAAUUCCGGCAAUAAAUAAUCAGUGCUGUUGCUGAGAAUUAAGUACUGAUAUUUAUCCGAGUGUAACCAGUACGCUUCCGCUUGAACGCAGCCUAGAAUUAGCGAGUUAGUAUAUUUCUCAAUCUGGCGUGGGAGGGUGCGGUGCAGCGGUUUCCAUUUCACAUUGAUCUUCCAAAGGACCGAUCCAAUUAUUUUGUUUUAGCAAUGCCGCCAGUACUAGCUACAAUCUUGUUCUUCACCAGUGUUUCGCGAUUUCUCGAUGUGGUUAAUUGUGCUGCUACACCAUCUCCAGUACAAACAAUAAAAAAUUUGUCAAACGCUGACUUUAUUCCUAAUCAAAACUACAGUACCGGCUUUGUGACGGUUGUGACAGCUUAUUACCAGAUUCCUUCGAAACGACCCCAUGCCAACUAUCUCAGGUGGAUUGAGAACUUCCUCCCGAAUAUACCUUGCUAUUUAUACAUCUUUACCAGUUCUGCCAUGUAUCCGACGCUGAAAACCAUGCGAAUGAAGCAUCUGAAUAGCACCCGGUUUAUCAUCAAGGGAUUUGAAGAACUGGAAGAGUACUCUAAGAUGCAUCACUGGAGAAGAAUAAAAAGUACCGAUUACGAGAAGUAUCAUACGCCGGAACUGUACAUCAUCUGGAAUCAGAAGUGGCGGUUUGUCGAACAGGCUAUCAAAGAAAACGUAUUUCGUUCGGAGUAUUUCGUGUGGUGCGACAUUGGGGCAUUUCGUAAAGCGGAAUUCGUACCGCAUUUAAUACAGUUUCCUGAUCCAGAUGUAUUGCGACGGAAACUACCGGAUCAGAAUAAAAUCGCUCUGGCGAUUUUGCAUCCAUUUAAUACCAACCGCGAUCGGGUUUAUGAGAACGGAUCGCUGUCUAUCAGUCUUCGCGAAGGACGCACCGAUCAUUCGGCAGCAGGCCUAAUGGCCGGCCAUGAAAAGGCCUGGGGAAUUUUCAUUCGCGAAUACUUCAGCAUGCAAGCGUAUUUUUUUGCGCAAGGAUUAAACGCCGGAAAAGAUCAAAAUAUUGUUAAUGCCGUGAUAAUGAAAUUUCCGGAAAAUUUUCAGCUUUUGACUUCUGUAGCAUAUUUUAAUGGGACUGGUGAUGCUUGGUUCUAUUUGGAAUAUUAUCUUACCCAUGCAUGAACGUAUUAAUAAAAGUUAAGUAACCAGGAUUUUUAUUUUUAUUACGAUUACAGACAGGAAUAAACAAUUUCUGUUUCACACCUGGCAUGCAGGUGAAAUAAAAAUUUCUGAGUUAACACCGGUAAUCUAGAAAACGAGAUUCU